ACCGCCAAUAUGAUUGCUCGUUCACUUGUUCUCUCAGUAGUAAAGCAAAGUUCGGUGUGAAGAGUGGUUUGUUGUGCAUUUGGAGCGAAACACAAACUCAAGAAAGAAAUUCUUGUUUUGUCCCUCUUCGCGUACACAACAGUUGUGAAUAAAGUUUCGUGUCUCCAGAGGAUGGCAACUACCAAAGACGACGGCACCGACAGCGUGCAAUUCUUCGAAGGUGUGGAGAAACUCCUCGAGAUUUGGUUCACAAGCAACAGUAGCAUAAACAGAAAGCAGGGCGAUCUCAGGCAGAUUCCUCAGCGAAAAUGGCAGUCCUUGUUGAAGAUUGUCCGCUGCGAGAUCAUCAGCAUUUGUCGUACCGAGCAAGUGGAUGCCUAUGUUCUCAGCGAAAGCAGCAUGUUCCUGUCAAAGCGUAGGCUUAUUCUGAAAACAUGCGGUACAACUACACCACUUCAGUGCUUGGAACCACUAUUGGAGCUUGUAAAAGAGUACACUGGCUUCGAGGAAGUGGAGAAUGUAUUCUACUCGCGGAAGAAUUACAAGAAACCCGAGUUACAGAUAUCACCGCAUCAAGCGUUCGAAGAAGAAGUUACGUUGCUCGAUACAUUUUUCCCUGAAGGAGAAGCUUAUUGUUUGGGCUCUGUGGAUUCGGAUUGUUGGUAUUUAUAUACUCUGAACAGAGAGAAACUCAUAGACGAACCAGCUGAACCAGAUCAAACGUUGGAAAUCCUAAUGACACACUUGGACCCAGAAGUGAUGGCCAUAUUCACUAGGGAUGUGUGCUCUUCGGCGGAUGAGGCGACUCAAAAGUCGGGAAUCGAUAAACUAAUUCCAAACAUGAUCAUAGACGAUUUCUUGUUCGAACCCUGCGGGUAUUCCAUGAAUGGAGUAAACAAAAGUGUAAGCGUGUGUAUACAUUAUCCGGAGUCCGAAUUCUCGUACGUAUCAUUCGAGAGUAACAUUCCAGAAACGUCGUACGAGGAGAUAAUACGACGUGUCCUGAACGCAUUCAAACCGGACAAAUUCGUGGUCACCAUAUUCGCGAACAAAGAAUCGGUGUCGGCCGGUUGUCCGCGGGACUUUGAGCAAACCGACUAUCUGAAAUGUUCCGGCGACUGGUUACGCACGGACGUUCAGUAUUGCCGUUUCAAGAAUUACGAUUUGACAUGCGCGUUUUACUCGAGAUUCCCAAGCUGAGGGUUCAUGGACGCUUCAUACGGUCCUAGCCAAUUAGGAACGAAUGAAGCACACGCGAACACCCCCGUCCUUUCGCACAGCUUCUUACCCCCGCUUUCCUGUUCCACGAACGAAACAAAGAAACGAAAUCGAUCCCUAAAACACACGGUGAAAUCUGAUAUUGCUUACGAAAACCAUGGUAUUGUAUAUGCUCAGUACAUAAAACAUAAUAAUGAAACAAAAUCGAACGUGUGCACUAUACAGAAUUCUGUAAUUACCACCCAAGAAACAACUAUGCCGAAUGUUACAGCAUCCAUAAGUCCACCACUUGCAUCCACACCCUCCUGCAUAAAUACCGAUCAGUUUAUUAAGAAUAAGUGUUUAAAUAGAGGCAUCGACGAUUGUCAAUUUACGCAGAAUAAUAUGAAUAUCCGUCGAGACAGUAAUUCCUGCUCUAUACGAUCAGCGUCAU